AUGAAAAAAACCAGCGGCUUUAGGCUGGUCAAGGUGUUCAAACGGUUUACUCACCGGAGAACGCGUCGGAGAGUCACCUACCAGCGGCCGGCAACUGGCUGCGCCACCAGGGCCAUUUCAAAGCUCUACAACUGGUGCUGCUCUUUGAAGAAUGGAGCUAAAGGCCUUUGCUUUGGGAAACAUAAUUCCGGUUGCAUUAGGGUCGGGGAAGAACCGGUGGAGCCAAAGAAUCCGGUGAGUGUACCCAAGGGGCACUUGGCUGUCUACGUGGGUGAUGAAAAAGACGACACCUGUAGAGUUCUUGUGCCAGUGAUGUACUUUAAUCAUCCAUUGUUUGGUGAGUUACUGAGAGAGGCUGAGAAAAUUUAUGGGUUCAAUCAUCCGGGUGGGAUCCAGAUUCCUUGCAAGAAAUCCGAAUUUGAGAAUGUUCAGAUGAAGAUCGCCUCCGCCGGUAGCAGCGAUGGUGGUGGAAACCGCCGUAGGGGACGGAGUUGGAGGCACAAGUACUUAUGA